UUUAUCAUGGCUGCCGUGUCGUGAACUUGGCGAACGUCACCGAGGCAACCGAGGACCGAGGUGCCUCCCCUUUACAGUGCCUCUGUCGUGUAGACUCCCCAAAGGUUGACAGCGGGGUUGGAAAGGUGCCGCCGGCGAAGAGCGCGUCUCUUCAGCCAGCACAAUGUCAGUGUACAGCGUGUACAUCGUGAGCAAGUCGGGCGGCCUCAUCUUCCACUGCGACUUCCCGAGCCUGCCCCGCGUCGAGGUGGAGAAGACCUUCAGCUACCCGCUGGACAUCACCCUGUCUUACCAGAACGUGCUCAAGCGCGUCGUGGUCAGUUUCGGACAGCGGGACGGCAUCUGCGUGGGCCACGCCGUGAUGGCCGUCAACGGCGUGCCGGUCAACGGACGCCAGCUCGAAGACGGCCGAGACGUGCAAGACGUGCUCUCCUGCGAAGCCAACUACCCGCUGAGCGUGCGCUUCGGGCGGCCGCGGCUCACCACCAACGAGCGCAUCGUGCUGGCGAGCACCUUCCACUCGUUCUACGCCAUCGCGUCGCAGCUGUCGCCGGAGCCCAAGUCGUCGGGCAUCGAGCUGCUCGAGGCUGACGCGUUCCGGCUCCAUUGCUACCAGACGGUGACCGGCGUCAAGUUCAUCGUGCUGGCGGACGCGCGCCACGCGCCGCUCGAGCCCCUGCUGCGCCGGCUGUUCGAGCUGUACGCCGACUACGCGCUCAAGAACCCCUUCUACUCGCUCGAGAUGCCCAUCCGCUGCGAGCUGUUCGACGCCAACCUCCAGGCAGCCGUCGAGCAGAUGGCCGGCCUCAGCAACGUCUGAGCCUGCCACAGUUCGGUCCAAAUCCACACCGGUGCAUUCCGUGUGCUAGCGCUGACUGAACAUUCAGUUGUCCUAAAACUCCACCAGUGGAUCCCUAUUGACUGGAGCUUUGUUGCGGAUGAGUUGUGUUGGAUACGCUUGACACUAAACUACAACCCUUCAUCGUCGCAAAUUUACAGCAAAAAGUUUACUGUCCGCAA